UUUUUCUCUUUUGGGUGUUUGUUUUUUUCCCCAAAGAAACAUAUAUAAACACCAGCAAACUCAAUAGCAAGAAACACAAAGGGUCAUAGGAAAGUGUGAUUUUGGGAUCAAAGGGCAAAGCAGAGCAGAUCAAGAACACAGCAAGAACACAGCAAGAACAGGUCAAGAGUAGAUUAAGAGUAAUAUCUAGUUGAUUCAAAAUGAUUCCGAUUGAGUACAGCAUACCAACACUAGAUAAUGUGUUUGGGCUAAGAUUAUGGCCAAUCUAUGAUUAUUUUUACACUCAAAUCAUUGGAUAUAGAGCAGAGGACUUCAAAUUUAUAUCUGGCAAGACAUUCAUGGCUAAUGGAUAUGUUGUCAUUGGAAUGAUGUUGGGAUACUAUGCUGUGAUAUUUGGAGGAAAAUAUUUGAUUAAAUAUUUCAAGAUCAAGCCAUUCAAAUUGAAUUUUCUAUUUCAACUACAUAAUAUUUUUUUAUCAACAUUUUCAGGAAUCUUGUUAUUAUUAAUAAUUGAACAGGUUGUGCCAAUAUAUUUUAGAAACGACUUUUACUAUAGUAUUUGUGCUAAAGAAGCCUUUGAUUCAAAAUUGGUGUCGUUGUACUAUUUGAAUUAUUUAACUAAAUACUGGGAGUUGAUUGAUACAAUUUUUUUGGUGUUGAAACAUAAGAAAUUGUUGUUUUUACACACAUAUCAUCAUGGAGCUACAGCAUUGUUGUGCUAUACCCAGUUGAUUGGACAUACAUCAGUUGAAUGGGUGCCAAUAUCAUUGAAUUUGGGAGUUCAUGUUGUUAUGUAUUUUUACUAUUUUCUUUCUGCUAGAGGAAUAAGGGUUUGGUGGAAACAAUGGGUAACAAGAUUCCAAAUCAUUCAGUUUAUCUUGGAUUUAAUUGCUAUUUAUUAUGCGUUGUACCACUUUUACCUGGAUAAAUAUUUCAAAUGGAUUCCACACAGAGGAUCAUGUCAUGGUACAGAAGUUGCAGCAGCUUAUGGAUAUUUGAUUAUAACUAGUUAUCUUGCUUUGUUUAUUAGUUUCUACAUCAAGUCUUAUAAGAGAAAGAGCCCAAAGACUAGCAAAAUUGAAUAGAUAUAUGACAAUUACGCCCAAACCAAGAAAAAUAAAAAAUGCCUACAAAAAAUUUGAAAAAAAAUAAAAACCUAA